AAUAAAUGAAAAGAAAUUAGAGGAGAAAUUAAGUGCAUGCAUUUUUAAAAGAGAGAGAUCUGCAGAGAGAGAGAGAGAGAGAGAGAGAGAGAGAGAGAGAGAGAGAGGAUGGAUUGUAGUAAGAGAGGAGAGAGAUGGUCUCUUGCUGGAGCAACGGCUCUGGUCACAGGAGGCACCAAAGGGAUUGGGCAUGCUAUUGUUGAAGAGUUAGCAGUACUUGGUGCAACAGUGCAUACAUGUGCUAGAAAUGAAGUAGACCUCCAAAAUUGCUUGAGUAAAUGGGAAAAAAUGAACUUAAAAGUCACUGGAUCAGCUUGUGAUGUCUCUUCUAGAUGUGAAAGAGAGAAACUAAUGGAGAGGGUCCAAUCCAUUUUCAAAGGAAAGCUCAGCAUACUUGUUAACAAUGUAGGAACAGGGCAAUCUAAGCCAACUACAGAGUACACAGCAGAGGACUACUCUGUUACCAUGGCCACAAACUUUGACUCUGCUUUCCAUCUAAGCCAAUUAGCCCACCCCUUUCUUAAGGCAUCAGGGAGGGGUAAUAUUGUCUUUAUAUCCUCCCUUGCAGGAAUUACAGGGUUCCCUUCUUUCUCCAUCUAUGCAGCAACUAAAGGAGCCAUGAAUCAAGUCACGAAGAAUCUGGCCUGCGAGUGGGCGGGUGAUAACAUACGCGCGAAUUGCGUAGCUCCCGGAUCAAUCAAAACUCCGCUCGCGAAAUGGCUACUUGACAAUGAGGAGCUCAUGGCGAGAGAAACUGCUCGGAUUCCGCUCGCGCGAAUCGGCGAGCCGGAGGAGGUGGCUUCGACGGUGGCUUUUCUCUGCAUGCCGGCGGCGUCGUACAUCACUGGCCAAGUCGUUUGCGUCGACGGCGGCCGCAGCAUCAACGGAGCUUCUUAGUGUCCUCCCUAGCUAGCAGGUUCAUGAAGCUUAUGUAGAAACUUAUACAGGUGUUGAAACUUUUGGAAGCGCUUCACAUAUAUAUAGAAGCUCCAAGUGCAUAUAUACAUAUAAUAUAGUUAUGUUGGAUGUGUAACUUGUGUUACUCUUCAAAGUGUAUCUAGUUUGCUUGUAUAUGUAACAUUUUUUUUAUUGGAACCAUCCUUUUCGUGCUUCAAUCUU